CCGUCGAUGUGCAUCCGGAAGAGCCUAUGGGCGCAGCGGAACGGGCCCCGCCCCCGGAAGCGGCGGCGCCGUGGGCAGCCCGGGCCGGUGCCGCCGAGCGCUCCGCGAUGGCCGCCGGUGGGGACGCGCUCCGCGCCCUGCUCCGCGCCGCCAACGCCCUCCUGCAGCAGCGCCGCUACCAUGCCGCGCUCGCCGUGCUCAAGGGCUUCCGCAACGGGGCUGUUUAUGGAGCAAAAGUUCGUGCCCCACACGCCCUGGUGAUGACUUUCCUGUUCAAGAGUGGAAGUUUAAGAGAGAAACUGAAGUCCAUUGCUCAGGCUACAUACACCCAUUCCCGGAACCUGGCCUAUUUUGUGUUCACCUACAAGGGGCUGAUGGCAUUGCAGUCCCGACUGCAGGGGAAAAAAAUCCCCUUUCAUUCUUUCUUUGCAGCCUGCAUUGGGGGCUGGCUGGUGUUUGGUGACAACAACCCCAUCAACAGCCAGAUCAUCAUGUACCUGCUGUCCCGCAUCCUGUUCGGCUUGUCCCGCCUGGCGGUGGAGAAGGGCUACAUCCUCCAGCCUAAGCAGGAUCCCUUCCCUCUCGUCGCUGCUCUGAUCUGGGGGACAGUUCUGUGGCUCUUUGAAUACCACCGGCAAACUCUGCAGCCUUCCCUGCAGUCCUCCAUGACCUACCUGUACGACGACAGCGAGGUGUGGCACGACGUCUCCGACUUCCUCCUUUACAACAAAAGGACAGACAGCAACACCUGACUGGGAGCUGCUGAGUGCCUCACUGCUUGGCUCAAAAUCCAGAGUUACCAGAUUCAAACCCCCCCAAGUGUUGAUCGGCCAAGGAUGCUUCUCCUCCCCUUUCUCAGCCCCUCUUUUAGAGGCACUUUCAAAGGUUAAUGACUCCCAAGUGAUCAAAAGUUUUCAGCAGACUAUCCUGAGCCAUGAAUCAUUUAUUUUGUGAUGGAACAAAGCGAGCUGAGGGUUAUUUCCAGCUGCCCCAGCAUACCCACUGUGCUUCACUCCUCCAGGACAGCUUGUGUGUGCUGCUGCUGCUGAGGAAGCCUUUCUGGGGCAGUUACAUUAUUUAACAAAGGGAGAAGUGAAAUGGGUGCCUGACAUUUGCUUCAGCUCAGAGGAUGUUUUGGUUUUGAUCCUUGCAGCCAAAGGGAAGAUGCUGCUGAAAGAAAAGGCUAUGCCUGGUCCAAUUAGUGGCAGAGAGAAGGGCAUACAGGAGGUGUGAACCUGGGUUGGCAGCCUGUCACUGUGAGUGCAGAGGGGGUUGGACUGGAUGACCUUUGGAGGUUCCUUCCACCCCAGACCUCCAAAGGUCAUCCAGUCCAACCCCCUCUGUAGUCAGCAGGGACAUCCUUAACUAGAUCAGGUUGCUCAGAGCCCUGUGAGGCCUCACUUUGAGUAUCUCCAUCUCCUUGUCCAUGCAAUAGCCACUCAUGUUUAAGGGAGACCUUAUUACUGGGGACCAUAGAAUCACAGAAUCAUAGAACCAACCAGGUUGGAAGAGAGCUCCAAGCUCAUGCAGCCCAACCUAGCACUCAGCCCUAUC